UGUUCACUCUACCCAUUCCACCAUGCUUCAAGUCAGUGCACGCAGUAUCCUGCGGCAUACAGGCUUGGGCGGCGUCGCGCAGCUGCGUGCUGCCGCGCUGCCCGCGGCACGAGCGCGCAUCGUGCCGCCCACGCCCGCCGCCACCCGUCUGGCCACCACGAGCUCGUUUGAGCGCGCGCAGGCCCGCAUCGUGCGGCAGGCGACCGAGGCGGCAGCCGCGCGCCGCAUGCCACCCCACAAGCCGCCGAAGCGGCGGCUCGAGGCCAUCUCUGCGCCGCUGCGGAACUCUGCGGCCCCGACGCGCGGGCCGAUCCUGCAGGCCAUCGCGCACACCACGGCCGAGCGGUACGACCUGCCGCGGCUCGGCGCCGUGCUCCGCCUCCUCGGAGUCAAGUGGGACGAGGUGCCCGAGGGGGACCGCGAGCGCGCGAUCGUCAUCGGGCCAUGGAAGGGGCGCGGCGGUGCCGAGCGCCUCAUCCGCGGCCGCGACGUCAAGGCUGUCGACGCCGGCGAGGAGGAGGCUGCCGACAUGGGCUUCGACUACGGCGACCGCGGCGAGAUCUGGGUGUUUGGUAACGGCUCGUUCGUCACCUGGGGCCUGACGGAGGAAGAGGGCCGCGCGUUUUUGCGCGAGGUUAUCCGGUACAAGAAUAUCGGCGUCGAGGGCGACCGCCUGCCUGAGAGCGAGUACGAGGUGGAGGAGGUAGACUUUGUGGUCGACCCGACGGCCGAGACAAAGAUCCUCGGCAACAUGAUCCAGAUUGGCCGCCCGCCCGAGCUGUCAACGUUCCCCCCGUCGCAGAGCCUGGCGUCGUUGCUGGCGCGGUACACGCUCUCGCUGUCGCUCGCGCGCUCCUCGUCCCUGUCGGUGCUGGAGGACCGUCUGGACAAGCACAUCGCCUCGGUGUCGCUCCUGCCGCGCGCGCUCGAGCGCUACGGCAUCCAGCCGAUGGGCCGCAAGGAGGUCAUCCGCAAGAUUGGAGAGCUCAUGAACCUCCGCAUGGCGGUCAACGCGCGCGGCGGCGGGCUCGAGGACACUCCCGAGUUUUACUGGUCCGAGCCCGAGCUCGAGACGUACUUCGACGCCGUGAGCACCGAGUUUGAGAUCAAGGAGCGCAUCGAGGCCAUCAACAAGAAGAUCGACUAUGCGCAGGAGAUCCAGAACACGCUGCGCGCGCUCCUCACCGAGAGCUCGGGCCACCGCAUGGAGAUUAUCAUCAUCCUCCUCAUCGCCGUCGAGGUCGUGCUCGCGCUUAUCCGUGAAGGGCCAGAGCUGUGGCACAUGUUCGGCCAGCCCGUCGUCGAGAUGGUCAACAACUUGAUCCACCCCCCGGUGCAGGGCGAGGAGCGCGUCCCGAGGAGCGUUAGGCGAAAGAAGGAGGAGGAGGAGGCGGCCGAGCCGGCGCCGGCUGUGCCGCAGCCCAGGCUCGUGUAG